AAUCAAAUGACGUCAUGAUAAUGGAAUUUGAUUUGUAAAUAAUGGAAUCCAGUAAGUUUACACAGCAGAAAUGCAAAGGAAAAUGAAGAAUUGCGAAUCCAGUGAAGCUGACAUCUCGAAAACACCUGUGCGAAAGACGAGCAGAAAUGGAUCUGCAAGGGUUACACCUAAUAACGAUUUUUUAUCAAAAGGACGGAGAUCGAGAACGACUAGCCCAGGCAGUUCUUCAGUUCCAUCAAUUAGUGGCAGACGAUCCAUAACAUCAACCCCUGAAAGCACUUCAACUCAGAGAGAACUUAAGAAAUUAGAAGACUAUUGGACAAGAAAUAAUCCAGUACCAGAAGAUUCUCCGAGAUUGAGGAGUAAUAGAAAGUCUGUCUUCAAUCUGAAAGAAUGCAUUGGAGAAAGUAGCUAUACCAGAACAUUUCAGAAAGAUGAAACAAGAUCCCAACAGUUGAAGACGGUUGAACAAAAAAGUCUUCCUGAGUCGCCAAUACCAAAAACAAUAACACAAGAUAAAUGUGACCCUUUUUCAUCUUUAACAUUUGAAAAUUGUGAUAAUAAUACUAUCAGUCAUCGAAAUGAGAAAACAGGCAAGUGUUCAGGUAGUCCAGAUAUAUUUACUAAUUUUCAGGAGCGUGGUAAUGAACAAAGGGAAAUUAUUUCACCUGCUUGCUCACCGAUGACGAAGUUGUCCCAGCUUGAGCCAACUUUAGACAGGAGUAAAAAAUAUGGCAGAGAUGCUGUCAUUCAAAAUAGUAUUUGCCAAAACUCAAUUUCAGGUGGUGCAGCAACAGGUUUAACGGACUACGACUCGAGUGAUUCGGACGAUGAUGACUAUGUUCCACCAAGGAAAAAGCUGCGGAGUGAAGUCAGUAAAGAUGAGCUUUGGGAUGGCAUACCGCUCACUAUAUCCUUUAAAAGAUUAGCACCAAUAUCGAAAACAACAGCUGAUAAAACUACAAAUGACAUAUCACAGACCAAACUGGUGAAUUCCAGAGCAUACAAAGAUAUAACUUCAGAAAAACAAGAAGUUCUGGAUGACACUAGGUCACUUGUAAAACUGGAUAAUUUUCAAAAACAUUCAAAUAGAACAGACCCCGUAAGUUGUGAUAAUGAUCGAAACUGUAUCACAAAAAUUGUACCAACUGACAGUGUUCAGGGCAAUUCGAAACUUAAAGAAAAUCAUCAAAGAACUAAACGUAAGAGAAGUACGCGCCUGAAAGAAAAGUUGACUGCAAUUCCUGUUAACAAGGACAAUUUUAAUGAAAGCAUUACAUCAGAAGACACUGUUCCGGUUCGUGUAAAACUGUGUUCAGUCGCUAUUUCGAGCAAUGCCAUUUCUCAAGUGAAUGAAGACGGGGGAGAAACAUGUUUAAGGAAACUUGAUACAACCCAAGACAAAAUGACUAAUGAUUAUCAAGGUGAAAGCUUGCUCAAACUGACCUUGUCUCAAAUUUUGUCAGUUGACAACAAAAGUGAUAUAAGCGCGAGUAUAUCAAACGAAACGAAAGAUGUGACUGAAGAGAAGACAAAGUAUGAAUGUGAAUCAGGGACUGAAGGUACACCAGCAAGUGUGAAAACAAGCAUUUCUAAAACAAUAAAUGAUAUUUUCGAAGAAAUUAGUGGACCAAAUAUACUGUCUCAAAACUCCUCAAACAAAACAGAUGCAAACAUUAACAAUUUAAACGAAAAUGAUUCUAGAACAACUAGAAGAACGAGAAGACUGUCAGGCAUUGAGAUAACUAAGUCCAAUCUGAAUUCGCCGAAUAUUAAAAACACCAACGAUGACCAUGAAAUACUAGCUGCUGGUUUAGCUUUUGAUGCAAAGGCAUCAAAUGAUGAUAAAUCAAACAAUACUGCUAAAGAUGGUGAAUGCAGUACAAAAGCUAGUGAAAUUUCAUCUUCGAAACAUAAACUGUUCACAAAAAAUACAAAUAAAUGGUCGAAAACUGUUCCACCAUUAAGAAUAAAAUUAAAACAUCCAGCUACUGUCACCUCGAAAAAAAAGUGUGACUCAAAAUUGAAACAGAAAGAUAGUGCUGUGAUUAAAGGGAAAGCUACAAAACCAAAUAAAUUGAACACUGGAUCGACUAUAAAAGCACCAGAAACGAAAACUGAUUUUAAAAAAAUCAGGGAGAAACAAGCCAGUCCAACAGAUUCAGAUGAAGCCGGUACAUCGAAGAAAACUGAUGUCACACCUAAUAACAAGAAAAAGAAGGCAGCCAGACAAAGAAAAUGGUCACCGCCUCCAUCGAGUACAAUUGCGUUGAGACUGAAUAGUGAACGUCGUCUGUCAGCAGCUGGGAGCCUGCUAUCAAAUGCUUUACUGAAUAAACAUGCCUGUGUACUGUGGUCAAGCGAAAAUCGCCGUCACAUGCAGCUCUCUAACCCUAACGCCACCCUUAGUGAGCUAGACAUGAAACUAAGCCGGAAAUGGGAUAAUCUUUCAGAUAAAGAGAAACUCAGAUACUUUCAACGUGCAAGGGAUGCCAUCAGAGAUGAGAACCGACAUUCAAACAGACAAACAAACGUGUUAAGCAGUGAAAUUGAUACGGCAAAGCAGUAUGCGGACGAUUGUUCUGUAGAAAAUUUCCAGAAAUUAUCACCCGCAUCGCAAAUGACAGAGAUCAAAAAGUGGCUCAAUUUCUAUAACGAGAUCUCUCCUGAAACCUGUUCUCAGGUUAUCACCUCAUUUAAAGAAGCGCUUGCUGAAGAGAACAGAAAUAAAGUGAGAAAAGAAAAUGAGCAAGAGAAAGCUAGAAUAAAGUCAAAGUCGAAGAAAAAUAAGCAAAAGAAGAAAGAGGACGUGGUAACAACAAUAGACAACAAUGCGAAUUACAGGAAACUUCUUUUUGAAAAGAUUCAAAGUCAUAAGGAAAAGGUCAAAGAUAUAUUGACUGGGAAGAGGAAAGAAAAGUACAAAUCAGUUUUGGACAACUAUAGUAGCAUUGUGAAACGUAUGGUGUGUGGAGAGGUACUUCAUUUUGCAGGAGACGUGAGGUCUGACAAACUUACAGAGACGUUGUAUGAAUUAAGGGCACUAGAGAAAGACAAUAGAUUAGCUGUGACCGGUGACAUGUAUAGAGAUACAGAAUAUGAGGACAUUUUGGCGAGACUUUGUACGAGAAACAGCCCGGAUGCAAAGACGUUGGUCUGUGCAUUAGAUAAUGCUGAUAUAGAUGACAAAGAGCUUGAAAAUACGUGCAAAAAGAUCAGAAAUUUUCCGUCCCUUUCUCCAAAUUCAUUGGCAAACAACCUUCCAGAACAAGAAUGGACGCCCAAAACAUCAGAAAUGAAUCUGCUGUCUCCUCUGAGAUUCGGACGUAGUAAUAGAACUUCCCCUGUGACGGUCCUCACCGAGAUGGUUGCUGAAGAUCUACUACGCAGCCAACCACAGAUCGGCUUCCGUAAUGCAAUAUCCUUGUUGUCCAAUAAGGUGGUUCCUAGUCCAACUCUUAUUUUACCACCAAAAGGGGCAAAUGGAUGCAAGACAUCUGCAAAUAAAAAUCAGAACUGUAACGUAGUCUAUACGAAGCUUCAAUCCAGGCCAUCUGCAUUGACAACAAAAGUCAACCUGUUGAACUAGGGAGAAGCCAAUAAUAGACCAUGAUCUUUCCGACUGACGGUCAACAGACUUUGUUUAUACAUAAAUGAUUGUCUUCUGUUUGUUUAGUGAGAGUGGUAGAACAAAAAUGUGAUAUUGUUUGUGUUUAAUGUAAACCUAAAAUAAAUAACAUUUAUCGUAAAUCUGUGAUAUAAAGUGAGAAAAGGUAUAUUGGAGUGGGAGACUAUCUGUCGAUACAGUCUUGUUUAUUCAUCGUAUUGCUUGAAUUCGGGGUGGCACCUUCCCAAGAAAUGCAUGUGUUACUUUGAGUUCCUAACAUUUUAUACAUCUGUGUCAUUGAUUGACCAGUUUCUCGUCCACUUUACAGCUGACUGCAUUGAUAGUUGACAGUCAAUUAUAUCAGUUGUAGCUUUGUACGCAUUUUUUCAGGUUUAGGGUUCCUUAACCUUUUCGAAUGUCAUGCCCCCUGCAUGUAUCCCGAAUACAGCAUAUACCUGUAUCACCUUGUAUGUCCAACUCUUCUAUAAGUAAAUUUUCUUAAUUGGU